UCAUCGGAGCCGAGGGAGGCGUGCGUAGGGGCAGGUCUACCGUGGAUAGGUCCACCCUUUGAUAGGGUCCACCCAUCGUCGGUCCAGAGGCGCACGGUUUCAAGCUUCAGUAAAAGUGCAUGUGAGGAGUCCGAGUGCUCCGCGUCCCUCAUAGGUCCGUCCUUCUGUAGUCCGGCUCUGCGGAGGUGAAGGACUCGUAUUGGGGCUGUUUUCUGCUGGAGAGAUUGGCGCAAUCCAAGUGCCCUCCGUCGGACGCCCUCCACCUGAGCCAACAUGCCGGCCCCCUGCCAGCCCCACCACCACCACCCCCACCUCCCCUCCCUGCACGGGUCCAUGCUGCUGCUGCUGGCGCUGCUCGCCCCCCUGGCCCGGGCCCAGUACGAGCACAUGGGCUACCCGCCUGGCUACCCCGAGCCGGAGCAGGAGAUGUACAGCGCGCCCCACAUCCCCGCCGACACCCCCAGGAUACAGCUGCGGCUGGCGGGCGACAAGCGCAAGCACAACGAGGGCCGGGUGGAGGUGUUCUACAGCGGGGAGUGGGGCACCGUGUGCGACGACGACUUCUCCAUCCACAACGCCCAGGUGGUGUGCCGCGAGCUGGGCUACCUGGAGGCCAUGUCCUGGUCGCCCUCCGCCAAGUACGGGAAGGGAGAAGGCCGCGUGUGGUUCGACAACGUCCACUGCAGCGGCAAGGAGAGCACGCUGGCGCUGUGUGCGUCCAAUGGGAUCGGAGUGUCGGACUGCAAGCACUCGGAGGACGUGGGCGUGAUCUGCAGCGACAAGAGGAUCCCGGGCUUCAAGUUCAUCAACACGCUGCCCAACCAUGUGGAGAACCUCAACAUCCAGGUGGAGGACGUGAGGAUCCGGGCCAUCCUGUCGUCGUACCGCAAGCGCAUCCCCGUGACGGAGGGCUACGUGGAGGUGAAGGACGGCGGCAAGUGGAAGCAGAUCUGCAACGCCGACUGGAACCCGCAGAACAGCCGCGUCAUCUGCGGCAUGUUCGGCUUCCCUGGGGAGAGGAAGUACAACGCCAGGGUCUACAAGAUGUUUGCCCGCCGGAGGAAGCCGUCCUACUGGGACUACUCGGUCAACUGCACGGGGAACGAGGCGCACCUGUCCAGCUGCCACCUGGGCCAGGGGGACAUGGCGGAGGGGAAGGACAACGGGACCUGCACCGGGGGGCUGCCCGUGGUGGUCAGCUGCGUCCCGGGGCGGGCCUUCGCCCCCACGCCCCAGAGCGGCUUCAGGAAGGCCUUCAGACAGGAGCAGCCCCUGGUGCGACUGCGUGGAGGUGCGAUCGUGGGGGAGGGCCGGGUGGAGGUGCUGAAGGGCGGAGAGUGGGGCACCAUCUGUGACGACCACUGGAGCCUGCUGGCCUCCUCCGUGGUGUGCAGGGAGCUGGGCUUCGGCACGGCCAAGGAGUCCCUCUCUGGAGGUCGGCUGGGACAGGGCAUGGGCCCGGUGCACAUGAACGAGGUGCAGUGCUCGGGCUUCGAGAAGUCCAUCACCGAGUGCCUCUUCGACAAGGAGUCCCUUGGCUGCAGCCACGAGGAGGACGCGGCCGUGCGCUGCAACGUACCCGCCAUGGGCUUCCAGGAGCAGUUGCGUCUGCGCGGGGGCCGUAACCCCUUCGAGGGCAGGGUGGAGGUGCUGGUGGAGAGGAACGGCUCCCUGGUGUGGGGCACGGUGUGCAGCGAGGGCUGGGGCACCAUGGAGGCCAUGGUGACCUGCCGGCAGCUGGGGCUCGGCUUCGCCAGCAGCGCCUUCCAGGAGACGUGGUACUGGCCGGGGGACGUGAGCGCGGACCGCGUGGCUAUGAGCGGCGUGCGUUGCUCCGGGACGGAGAUGACCCUGUCCCACUGCCUCCACCACGGGGCGCACCUCGCCUGCCCCAAGGGGGGGGGCCGAAACGCCGCCGGGGUGUCCUGCUCCGAGACGGCCCCAGACCUUGUGCUGAACCCCCAGGUGGUGGAGCAGACCACCUACAUGGAGGACCGGCCCAUGUUCAUGCUGCAGUGCGCCUACGAGGAGGACUGCCUGGCGUCGAGCUCCAGGGAGUCCCCCGCCACCGCCAUCCGCCGCCUGCUGCGCUUCUCCUCCCAGAUACACAACAACGGCCAGUCCGACUUCAGGCCCAAGGCCGGGCGCCACUCCUGGGUCUGGCACGAGUGCCACAGACAUUACCACAGCAUGGAGGUGUUUACCCACUAUGACCUGUUCAGUCUCAACGGCACCAAGGUAGCAGAAGGACACAAGGCCAGCUUCUGUCUGGAGGACUCAGAGUGCGACGAAGGGAUCGACAAGAGGUACGAAUGUGCCAACUUCGGGGAGCAAGGCAUCACGGUGGGCUGCUGGGACACGUACCGCCACGACAUCGACUGCCAGUGGGUCGAUAUCAGCGACAUCAAACCCGGAGACUACAUCUUCCAGGUGGUGAUCAAUCCCAACUACGAGGUUCCUGAGUCCGAUUACUCCAACAACAUCAUGAAGUGCCGGUGUCGGUACGACGGCAACAGGGUGUGGAUGUACAGCUGCCACAACGGAGGCUCCCUGAGCUCUGAGUCGGAGCAGGCGUUCCCCGGCCUGCUGAACAACCAGGUGACCCACCGCUAAAAGAGCGGGAAACCGGAGAGAGGCCCCGCCCCCAGCCCUACGUCGUUUCCAUGGAGAGUCUGACGCCUAGCAACCACCCGUCUCCUCUCUCCGUUGUGUGUGUGCGUGUGUGUGUGUGUGUGUGUGUGUGUGUGUGUGUGUGUGUGUGUGUGUGUGUGUGUGUGUGUGUGUGUGUGUGUGUGUGUGUGGUUCCAACUUCGACAGUCGGGAAAGCGACGUGAAGAUGCAGCUCUUUUGAACUACGACCACAACCAUCCCAGCUACCCCCUUCUCCGCUAAUACCACCACCAUCACCAACAACCCCACCAUCACCACCACCACCACAAGCCCUGACCAAGCAGAGACCAAACCGACCACGCCCUCUAAUCCCCAUUUUCAAUUCGCAAACUCUAACCCCCUUCGAAGUGACUGCUCCCGGAAUUGAGGCAGCUAUUACGCUGUUUUGGUUUGCAAAGGCUAACUGCAUGCUAGCAGAGCUAAAGGCUAGCCCAGCUUAUUGCUAGCAGGGCUAAAGGCUAUCCCAGCUGACUGCUAGCCCAGCUAACCGCUAGCAGAGCUAAAGGCUAGCCCAGCUAACCACUAGCAGGGCUAAAGGCUAGCCCAGCUAACCACUAGCCGGGCUAAAGGCUAGCCCAGCUAACCGCUGGCACAGCUAAAGGCUAGCCCAGCUAACCGCUCCCAUGGUCAAGAUCUCAGGAGCCAGCCGCAGCUUAAUCGAGCCCCUUCCCGCUCAGCGAGUCUCUUAAACUCCUCCUCUCGUUUUAAUGAUGUUUCCCCGCGGCGGCCGGGUCUGUCGUCAGGUGCGGCGGUGUCUUCCAGAGUGCGUCGGCUUUGAAGAGCGUUAAUUAAAGGGAAUCCUCCGGAGUGGGGAGCGCCGCGGUUCAAAGCCCCGUCCCGUCGCGGCGCGGGCCGGCGACCCCGGGACCCGGGGACGGGCGGCUCACCGGCUCCGCCGCUCCGCGGGGAGAGGACGGGUGGGACUCAGCCUUAGCACUAAUCCUUUUAUUUUUUUUCAUCUUACUCAUUAGUUGAAAGUGCGUUUUUUAAUAUUUUUUUAGAGCUCGUUGGAGAUGUCUUAUGGUCGAUUAUUAAGUGCCGUUACCUUCUUUAUCCGUCUCCCCCACUUCUGCACAAGUGUUUUAAUGUGCCCACCGGAGUCUUGCGGUCGAUCUUUACCUUAUAGAAUUCUUCUUCUUACUCGAUUUUCUUACCAAGGGAUGGCUUAUCCUCUGUUAUGUGCCGUCAUUAGAGGUUCUAAGUCUCUAAGAGUUUCAUCACAGGUGACGAUCAUUGCAUGAAACCUUUCUAAUUAAUCCAAAUACCGAUCAGACUCACCAUUUAUUUAUGGUGCCUUUCGUGCCAAACGGCUCUUCAAAGUGCUUUUCAACAAAACAAGAGGAAUUAAAUGAACAGUAAAAAUAAAGAACAAUAAGUAACGUUACAAAAAACCGAAUUAAGAAAAUGUGAGAGGUGGAAAAAUGUAUCAAAAAAUGACCUAACCGCACUGCUUUAGCUUUUGAGUGUGACAAGAUGGUGGCAAAUGCUUUUUAAGUCGUGAUGUGAAGCACGGAUUUCGGGAAUGUUACAAGACCCCAAAAGAUGCCAAAUCCCCUUUUGGUGCUUGUGUAAACUCUAAACACUCUGACACCCAAUUAGUAACUUAUUGUUAAAAGUCAGGGAUUUUAAAGUUUUAGUUAGUCCUUUUAAACAGUGUUUUUGUUUUUGUACAAAGAUGUGUGUAAAUCAUAUUUUAUUGUACAUCUUUACUGGUGCUAUAGCUGAUCCUCUGUUUUCUGAGGAAGCAGUGAUCGGCCUGAUUAUCUGUUUACUUGCGGUGUACUUGAACAGAAUGUAAGUAAACCUAAAUAUGCUUUGUGUUAACUCAAAUAAAGGUAUGAGGCAAUCCGAUUUCUCA